UUAUUACUUUCUUUAAUAAGUUUAUUGUUAUUAUUUUUCUUGACAUGGUAAGUGAUAGGCCACAACCUACCACACAGUUGAUUCGAUUGUUUUUAUUUUUACUAUUUUUAAAUGAGAAGGAAGCCAUUUUAUUCAGGUAUAAAUACGAACCCAGAUUAAAGGAGAACCGCAGUUCAUUCGCACUAUGGCUUGGCGCCUAUUUCUCUCCAAAAUGUCGAAACCCAAACAUCUUCUGCUCCUAACCACGCCUAAUUUCCAAAACCCUAAUCACGACCCUGCAAAACCAAUACCAUCCAUUUUCUUUUUCACUUCCCAAUUCUCUACCUCAUUUCUUGUUACUAAGAUACCCAAGAAGUUCAAGAAGAAGCGCAAGAAGCCCGACUCACCCCGGACCAAACUCGUGCAGCCUGAUUCUUCCAGGAUCCUCCACCUGGAGUCCAUCGUGGAACGCGAUUCCCACUUUCGCUUCCUCACCCGAUCCAAAGAAUUUCUCUCCAAGCAGCCCCAACACGUCCUCCGCCUCGAUGACGCCGGAAAGCUUUAUCGGGAGCUGGGAUUUCCUCGCGGCCGUAAGGUAUCGCGCUUUAUCCAACGCCACCCGCUCAUAUUCCAAAUUUACCGCCAUACUGACGGGAAGAUGUGGCUCGGCUUCACUGAUUUCAUGGAGGAAUUGCUGGACGAAGAGAACUCUAUCAUGGACUCCAUGGAGCGAGAUAGGGUCACCAAGGUCCGCAAAUUGCUGAUGAUGUCCAAGGAUAAACGGAUUCCUUUGAGCAAGAUAUACCAUACCAGGUUGUUGUUCGGAAUUCCCGAGGAUUUCAGGGACCGAAUCGCGAAAUACCCCGAUUAUUUCCGGGUCACCGUUAGGGAUGACGGAAAGAGGAUGCUUGAGUUAGUGAAUUGGGAUCAGGGUUUGGCAGUAAGUGAACUGGAGAGGCAGUUCAUAGUGGAUGAGGACGAGGCCAAGAAGGCUUUCAAGUUUCCAAUGAAAUAUGGAAAGGAUUUGGGAUUGGAGGAUGGCGAUAUGAGGAAGCUGAAUUUGUUGAACACGCUGCCGUUGGUUUCUCCAUAUUCGGAUGGUUGGAAGUUGGAUAUUUGGAGUUUGGACGCAGAGAAGUACAGAGUGGGGGUUUUGCAUGAGUUCUUGAGCUUGACAUUGGAGAAGAAAGCAUCUAUACACCAUAUUGUGGAGUUUAAAAAGGAAUUUAGCUUGACCAAGCAUACUUACCAGCUGCUUAAGAAGCAACCAAGGACGUUUUAUUUGGCUGGGACGGAGAUGAACUGGGUGGUUUUCUUGAAAAAUGCUUACAAUGAAAAUGGAGUUUUGAUUCAUAAGGAUCCGCAGGUAGUUUUCAAUGAGAAGCUGUGUAAUUAUGCGGACAUGCAGAAAAUGGAGAUGGCUUCUGGUUUUAGGAAAAUAUGAUUUCAAGAUUCAACAUUUUUAGCAGAGGAUUAAGGGGAUGAAGAUGAAUUUCCCAAUCUAUAUGCGUAAGCUAUCUGUAUUGGGGAUGAGGGAGAACGUAGGGGAUGAAGAUCAAUUCUUCCAAUCUAUAUGUGGAAGGUAUCUUGACCUGACCCAUGACAUAAUUGAACCUUGUUUUUUCCUCUGAAAGAUUUUUGUAUUAUGUGUAUGAUUGAAGUUGCUAAUAGUUAAUUUAUCAGAGAGAAAGAAGUGGAUUAUUGUUACCUGAAGCGAGUUUUUCCUUUUCAUGAGAUAAUCAAUUGAUUUUUCUCCUGUUGCUAUUGUAGUUAUACAGGCAAACGACAGUUUCAUCUCCCGCAGUUCGUAUUAUUACAA